GUGGCCGGAGCUGGCUAAACUGGCUGCCUCGUCAAGAUGUUGGACACCAUGUGGCCGCCGCUGUUGCUGCUGAUGAUGACGCUACUAGGUCAGCAGCUCCAGGCCUUCGACUACUGCGAUCCAACCUUGUGUCCCGGACCCGAAAGGCACAUAGCCUGCAACAAUUUUGGGGAGCUGGGUGACACCUGCAGUCCGGAUGCCCAUGUAGUGCGUAUCACGACAGCACGUCGCACUAUGAUCCUCAACGAGCUGAACGAGUACCGAGAUCGGAUUGCCAGGGGUGAUCUUAUGGGUUUCAGCCCAGCCACCCGAAUGGCCACAUUGCAGUGGGAUCCGGAACUGGCCAGUUUUGCCGAGCUGAAUGUGAAGCGCUGUGCCCUGGUCAACGAUCAUUGCCGGAACAGUGAGCAGUUUAGGAAUGUGGCACAGGUGGUGGCCGAAGGCGGUUGGCAGGGGGAUCCCUCGCCUUCAAGCAAUGCCAAUGGUGGCGGCAAUCCGGAAACUCCAAUACCCGUGGAAUAUCACACUGAGGAUGAGGUGAUCAAGGCCACGUUGGAGCAGAUGUUCGCCGAGUACAAGGAGUGCAGCAUGCGGGAUAUUAUAGCCUUCAGUCCGCCUAGUAACAGCAAGUGCAUUGCCUAUUUCACACAGCUCGUCCGGGAUAGUACCACCCAUGUGGGUUGCGGCAUCCUUCGGCAGACCAAGAACACCACCAACGAGGCGGGUCAGUCGCUGUCCAGUGUGCAUCAGUAUAUGACCUGCAACUUUGUCCGGGCGGACGAUGUCAAUGCCCCGGUCUAUCAGAGCGGGGAUCGUCCGGCCACCGAAUGCCGCAGUGGACGCAAUCCGGUGUAUAUUAACCUAUGCUCCGUCAACGAGAUCUACGACUCCUCCAACCUGCCGGGACUAUUCUGAACUGGCAAUUCGUGCAGUUCCACAGACAUUUACUAAUUUUAAUA